AUGGAUAAUGUCUCUCUUAUAACGUUGUUUGUUCUUUCAGGCUUCAAUGAAACAAAGGAUUUCCAAAUUGUUCUCUUCAUUCUCACUUUACUGUGUUACUGUUUCAUUGUGCUGGUAAAUGUUUGCCUUAUUGUCACCAUCAUGUUGGAUAAAAACCUGCAUGAACCAAUGUAUAUUCUACUGUGCACUUUCUGCAUGAAUGGACUUUAUGGGACGGCAGGUUUCUACCCCAAGUUUCUGUGGGAUCUGCUUUCUCCUGUUCAUGUUAUCUCUUAUUCUGGAUGCCUGGUUCAGGCUCUGGUUAUGUACUCGUUUGCCUGCAGUGAUCUGUCUAUUCUUGCAGUCAUGGCAUAUGACAGAUAUGUGGCUAUAUGUCGACCCCUGGAGUACCACUCUGUCAUGUCAAAGCAACGAGUCUUAAGGUUAGUCUGUUUCUCCUGGUUGACACCUUUUUGUGUCAUAGGCACAAAUAUUUUUCUGACCUCUAGAUUAAAGUUAUGCAGCCAAUUUAUUACCAGACUUUUUUGUGUGAAUUGGGUUAUUGUCAAACUUGCUUGCUUCCCAGCUGACACUGUUGUUAACGGCAUAGUUGCAUAUAUUACAAUAGUCAUGUACAUCGUUAUUGGCUGUUUUAUAUUUUGGUCCUACAUGUAUCUUAUCAAAACAUGUGUGAAUUCUUUAGAAAACAGGAAAAAGUUCAUGCAAACAUGUGUGCCACAUUUAACUGCUGUGCUCACUUUUCUUGUGACCAUAGUUUUUGAUGUCAUGAAUAUGCGAUUUUCUUCAAAAGGUUUACCUCAAACCUUUCAAAACUUUGUUUCAAUAGAAUUUCUUGUAAUUCCUCCAAUUAUGAAUCCUCUCAUAUAUGGUUUUAAGUUGACCAAAAUUAGAAACAGAAUUCUGGGUGUUAUUACUUUUAAAAGCAAAUAUUAAGUUCAUUACAUGAAUAACCAGCUGUUGGCUGUUUUCAAUAUCAAAUGUAAUAUCAGAUUAAUGAGUAGAAUAGUGUUUUUUAUCAUCAAGAUUUACAAUGGUGAAUCAUUGGCCUCUUUUGUAUUUGGAAGUUUUCUAAAAUGCUAAAAUGGUGACACUCUAUAACAUGAACUUUCAUAAGGAUUUUCUUUUGUUUAUUAACAUUAUUUACAUUUAGCCGAGUCUAGUUAAAUGUACAGUGAUACAUAUUGUUGAACAUGUGAAUGCACAUGUCAGAUAAAUCUC